UAAUAAGUGAAAUUGCCUGGAGAGAUAUGAAGUUAUGUUUUUAAUGCUGAACUCUCCACGUGUUUAUUGCUGUUUUAUGUCAAAUCAAAAGUCCGCGCACUUAACGACAGUUUGGGCGACCCGUCAAAUUUCAAAUCCGAAGUUGCUGCCAGAUUAUAAUGGGAGAGCCAUGGGAGCGCCUGUUGAAAGACAGGGGCUAUAAGAUACAAAACACGUUGGGCGAAGGCGCAUAUUCCAAGGUGAAGUCUGCCUACUCCAAUCGCUUGGGGAGAGAAGUUGCGAUCAAAUGCAUUAACACCAAACUUGCCCCAAAAGAUUUCGUUGAGAAAUUUCUUCCAAGAGAGCUUCAAACUCUGCCAUUGUUACGUCAUGAGAAUAUCGUUCGAGUGUAUGAGAUACUAGAGGCAAGUGAUGGAUACGUGUACAUUGUCAUGGAAGCUGCGAGAAAUGGGGAUAUGCUUCGGUUUGUUCAAAAACGGGGAGCGUUGCCCGAGUACGACAUCAAGCGGUAUUUCUGGGAGCUCUGCCAAGCUAUUUACUAUUGCCAUGAGAAGAAUAUUUGUCACCGAGAUUUGAAGUGUGAAAAUCUGCUUCUUGACAAAAACUUCAAACUUUUGCUCACCGAUUUCGGAUUUUCUAAACCGAUGAACACAGACGCUAGAGGGCGCAUGGUGUUAAGCAGUACCUUUUGUGGAUCGGCUGCUUAUGCCGCUCCCGAGAUAAUACAAGGCAAACCAUACGACCCUCGUAUGCACGAUAUGUGGAGUUUAGGUGUCAUCUUAUACAUCAUGUCUUGUGGCCACAUGCCGUUUGAUGAUUCGAAUGUUAAGAAGAUGCUAAAAAUCCAACUGAAGAAUCAUCUUCGGUUUCCACCCCGUGUUAAUGACGUUCUGUCAGGGGAACUCAAGACUUUGAUUCGUCAGCUGAUACAACCGGAUGUGACGCAGAGAGCAACAAUGGCGAAAGUUCUGGAACAUCCUUUCUUUUAUGGAUAUCAAGAAUUAAGAACGAGACCCAGCACUGCUCUGAAUGCGACAACCAGCGUCGCUCAACAAAUCUACCAUUAUUUCACUGGUGGUAGGCCGCCCACAAGCCCUGCCGCCGCCGCUGCUGCUGGGCAAGAAGAUAAAGGCGGAUGCAGCCACGAUUCGAGGCGCCAGUCACGCCACCAAGAAAGCAGUGGCACGAGGCCACGCCACGGUUUUUGCGACACUGGCCAUACUAGCUGUGAAGUGACAAGUACAUGUGAUAGCGCCCCUGCAGUUGAAACUAGACACCGCCGUUCACAUGAUGCUACUGAUUGCUGCGGAAGUUCCACAUGCGAUCCUUACCAGCGCUCCCCAUGCACGCAUAAACGUGUGCGACCAAGUCAUAGAAAAUAACUGAAUUCAACAUAUUUUUUUUCAUAUAUUUAAUAUACAUUUCCUGCCACAGUGCUUUUAACUUUUAAAUCAGUAAUUUCUUCCCUUUGUCCCACUGCUGCUCCCACCUAAGAAAUUCGACGUUUACUAUUAAUAACUAUUAAAAUUUUGUGGCACUGUUUCGGCUUUUCCCUUUAGACUACUUUACUUAGAAUUAAAUAAUACCAUUUUCAUAUUUAGGAAUAUAUACAACGCUGCAGUGUAAGUAAUUUUCAAAUCAGUAAUUU